UGGAAGAUGGCGGUUUGGUAGAGAGGUGGCUGCUGCGGAGCUGAGCGGUUCCCAUUGCGGGAUACUGGAGAUCACUGCUGCUUGGAGACAAUGCACUUGGUGCCAGAUUUGAAGACUUGGUCUUUGAACCCUCUUCUAAGGAUACCAAAAGACUAUGCUGCUGCAUUGGAGACGGACAGCAUUGUGACUGGACUCAGACAAGUAUGAAGGAUGUGAAGUUGAUUUGUUGGAAGUUCUGCUUCUCUGGACACUGUAUGAAACCUGCCUGCAUAGUUAAUUUUUGUAACUAUGAUGUGAUUUGGGAUCACAUUUUUCAGAGAAAUUUGUCUUCAUGAAGAUUCCUGACAUUGGUGAUGUGAUGAAUAAAUUUGAAGUCCUUAGAAUUGUAGGUGAAGGAGCCUAUGGGGUGGUACUAAAGUGCAGGCACAAGGAAACCAAUGAAAUUGUGGCUAUCAAGAAAUUCAAGGAUAGUGAAGAAAAUGAAGAAGUUAAGGAGACGACAUUGAGGGAGCUUAAAAUGCUCCGUACUCUAAAGCAAGAAAAUAUUGUUGAACUUAAGGAGGCUUUUCGAAGAAGAGGAAAGCUAUAUUUAGUCUUUGAAUAUGUAGAGAAGAAUAUGCUUGAAUUACUUGAAGAAAUGCCAAAUGGUGUUCAGCCUGACAAAGUGCGGAACUAUAUCUAUCAGCUAAUCAAAGCAAUUCAUUGGUGCCACAAGAAUGAUAUUGUUCAUCGAGACAUCAAACCAGAAAAUCUUCUAAUCAGCCACAAUGAUAUGUUGAAGUUAUGUGAUUUUGGAUUUGCUCGGAACUUGUCAGAGGGCAGCAAUGCAAAUUACACAGAAUAUGUGGCCACUAGGUGGUAUCGUUCACCUGAGCUACUGCUUGGAGCUCCAUAUGGAAAGGCUGUUGACAUGUGGUCUGUGGGCUGCAUUCUUGGAGAACUAAGUGAUGGACAGCCACUUUUUCCAGGAGAGAGUGAAAUAGAUCAACUUUACACAAUUCAGAGAGUUUUGGGACCACUGCCAUCUGAGCAGAUGAAGCUGUUUUACAGUAAUCCUCGUUUUCACGGCCUACGGUUUCCUGCUGUAAACCACCCUCAAACUCUGGAGAGAAGAUACCUUGGUGUUAUUAGUGGAGUUAUGCUAGACCUCAUGAAGAAUUUGCUGAAACUGAAUCCAUCUGAAAGAUACCUAACAGAACAGUGCUUGAACCACACUGCUUUCCAGACCCAGAGACUUUUGGAUAGGUCUAGUGGCACUUCCCCUACACGGGUAACUAAAAGGAAACCUCAUCAUGCAGAAAAUAGAAAUCACAGCAGCAAAAGUACAUCACUAUCUACUAGAUCAGAUAGCAGAGAUCAGCAGAAUCUAGGUGUCAAUAUUAAGCGAGGUGACGACAGCAAUCAACAUGAUAGCCUUUCCUGUGAAAGUUCUGCCCCACACAGCCCUGCCCUCAUUCCUUCACCGGACUAUCAACAGACCAAACAGAAUCUCUCUGGUAGCAAGGAUUUUGCCAAUACUAACUUACCACUUCUUCCUAGUCCACGCCUAGCAUCCAAGGAAGCACAUGCAAAGACUAAAACUGAUUUCCAGGCUGAUCAGAAGAUUGUGGAAGGUCCUGGUGCAAAAUAUUUAAAACCUAAUACAAAAUCACAGCAGAAUCGGCACUCAUUUGUAGAAAUGCCACAAAAUAAAACUGGAACUCUGCCAAUUGAAAAACCCAACCGUCAUAGUUACAUAGAACCAGUGCAAGGUUCUGUGUCGCAACAAUCAAAGAACUCGGCAGCUUUAACACCAUCCAAAUCAUACAGGACAUUGAGUGAUUCAAGGUCAGUUGGAAACCUUAAUGAAAUGAAAGUGCAUGGGGAGGAUCAGUCAUCCAGGUAUUUUCCUUCAAGCUGCUUGGAACUCACUGCUUCAAACAAUACUUUAUCAACUGGACCCAAUGAGAACAGGCCAGCACAGAAUCCUCCAGCUAUGAGUAAAGGUCUAGAAACUCGCAAACCAUCUACGAGACAUUCAACUAAUGAAGAUGAGCUAAAGGUUCCUGCUAGCCAUCUUGAAGGGGGUCAUUCACAUUCAGCAUCUGCUCCACAUGAGUCUUUUCCUUUUGAUCUAAAUUAUCCCAGUCCUUAUGCCUCCAAAUCACGUUCACAGAGACAUUCUAUGUAUAUUCCAAGGAAACAAGUAUCUGAAAUUAGCUCUGGAAGUGUGGGACAGGGAAUGCCUACUAGGACAAAUAGUUUACAGAUGUUAUCUCCUCAAAUGCAACAUGCUCGGACGUCUCUCAAUAGAGGUUCUUUGGGCUCUUCUCGUGAGGAUUUUGCUGAAACUCCUGGGAUGGAGCAAUCCUUAACUGAUGGAAAGCACAGCAGACCGCCAAUCAAAGAUUCUACCAGGGACAAUACAGUGUCAUUUCAUAGCCAUCAACAUCAGAUUGAGCCUGGAGGAUAUCAUGACAUACACUUAGAAGAUGGUAUAUCCACAAAAGAAAAUAAAUAUGUAUUUUCGGACACAGUGCCCAGGGAUAGACGAGUACGAAGUUAUUAUGAAGAUUAUUCUUCAUUGGAGGGAACAUUCAGUGAGAGAGGACCAAUUAAUGUGCCAAUGGCUGGUAACAUUCAGUCAAAGCAUUCCAAAAGACAUACUGCUAUGGACCUUUGGAAAAGUACAGAAAAUCUUAACAUAAACCCUCCAGAGCAAACUAAGGAAAAGGGGAAAGGUUUCUUCAGAGCAAUAAAAAAGAAAAAGAAGAAAUCACAAACUGCAGAAAACAACGAUGGAGAAAAUCCAAGUAUCAGAAAAUCCCUCUUUCCUCUUUUUAGUGCAAAGAGCCAUUUAAAACAUAUGUGUUCCUCAAGAGAACUUCCUGUAGUCAAUCUUCCCAUGAUGCCUAGUAGUGAUGGCCAUGAUCGCCAGGCAUUACAGAAAGCUCUACAAUCACGUCAAAACAGAAGCAAGGACUGGCCCACGGACAAAAUGGUGGAUGAUCAGCCUCAGAAACACCCCUUGAAAUCUCUGCGAAAGUUCUUGCAACUCCCUACUUCAUUUAGUCACUCUGCUUCAUCAGAUGUGCGAUUUCAAGCUUUGCCAAGCCAGCCAGCCAAAUCUACUCACAGUGAGGGGCGCCUCCAUGCAACAGGACAGACUCAUAACAGCAAUAUACGACAAGAUUCCCAGGCAAAACCUAGGCCAAAUUUCCAACUACCUGGCCAAAUGGAACCAAUCUGGCAUGUGCUACCAAGUGGCAGGACUGGAAUUGAUGGAGCUAUGAACUCUGACCAGAUAAUCUCCAAGUCAAGUCAGAAUGGUCAUUCUCUACAUUUAACCAGAACAGCACGUCCCAGAAUGCCAAAUUUAAAUGAUUUAAAGGAAACAGCACUGUAGUUGUAGUUUGUGUUGUUGUUCAGAAAGCUGAACAGUAGUCUUAUUUCAGAUCAAUAACCUGUCAUCCAUGUAGUAAACAUUACUAAAGUAAUGUUUUAAGUAAAAAAAAGCACCAGUGAUAAGCAGAAUUAUUUUAAAUUGAAAAUUUUCAAGAAACCACCGAACAGCCGUGUAGAAAUGACAUGUAUAAUGAUUUUUAACACAGCUCACAAUUCAUAUGGUGUUGGAAUUAUUCUGUAUCAGUUAAACAGUUUGUAGUUAUAGCAAACAUUAUAUUUGUAUAUUAUUGGAGAGAAAUUAUUGGAGAUUGUCAUGGGAUCCAUGUUUUCACAAGAGCACAAUGUUAUAGUGUACUAAUAUACAGUUUAUUCACAAGCUGCUGAUGUUUUCUGGCAUUUGGUACACUUUCUUCCUCAUAACUAUUAUAACUUGCAUUAUAUUUAAGCAUAUGAAUAGUGGUAUUUCAGCAGAUAUUCUGGUAAUUAUAUUUGGUGUGCGCGAUUAGCAGCUUGUCGAAGUUUGAUAAAAGGAUUUUAUUUUUGGUAUGUAAUCUAUACAAAGUACUUUAUGAAAAUGAUAUAUAGAAUUAACUUAAAUUACAUAGUUACGAAUUGCAGUGUCAUUAACUGAAAAUGCAACACUAACACCCAUUUCAACCAAUGAUGUUAUUAAAAAUGAUUGAGCCUAUUAUUUUGCAUUUUAUGCAGCUGAGAUCAUAUUUUCAUUCAUUUAGGUAAUGGAUAAUAGGCUUCAAUCCAAUCAUCUGGCUUGAACUAAGUGAAUUAAGGUUAAAGGUUUUAAUUUCUUCAUCUUGUGCUAAACAGUGAAUUACAUAUAUAUAUAUAUAUAUAUAUAUACACACACACACACACAGACACAUAUAUAUAUAUAUAGUAUAGAAAAUAAAAAUUCACAUGCACAUGAUGAUCUGAUUAAGUAAGUUGUGAGAGUAUAGCUGGAAUUGAUUUCAAAACAUCCAGAUCUCUAGUGUUAGAUGAAAAAAAAAUUUCAGUGAAAAGAUUGCAACAUUUUUUAAGAAAGGUUUAUUUCUGUUCUUUCCCCAUAUAAAUUGUGUAACCCUCAUUAUCUUCACUUCUGAAUUUUGUUGUAUUUUGUACUAAACCUGCUUUGGCUCCUCCCAUCUUCUAAGAUUUGAUGCUUGUUUAUAUACCAGUGCAGUAAUACAUAUAUAUAUAUAUAUAUAUAUAUAUAUAUAUAUAUUGUUUCCUCAUGUGGAUGUAAUGACACUAUUGUUGCAUAUUUUGGUUGCUUGAGUGUCACUGUGUUUUGUUGAUGGCCUUAGAUAAUGUUAGUGGGUCAUAUGUCAGUAACAAAAUUACACAACCUUUUCCAGUGGUAUGUUUCCCUUAGUUGAUUACUGUUAAGGGAUAAAACAUGGAGUUCUCAUCUUCCUUCUUUCCCGUCUGUGCCUAUUCAUUGGAGUUGAUGGGAACAGGAUUUCUACAAAGUGUUUCAUACCGUGUGGUAGUUUUUCAGCAUCAUGCUAAUUCUGAUCUGAUGCUUUCUUGCUGGUAUGUCCUCUAACUAACUAACUAACACAUAUAUUUAUAGUGGCGAUGGAUUGCUUCACCAGAGUAUAAAAAUGUCUACUCAAACUGAGGUGCAAGUGAAUGACAAGCCCAACAGGCUCAGAUCCCCUACCAAAAAAGCUUGUGGCCAUACCUGACAUGAAAAAUAUUUAUUAUAAAAAUAGUACAUUUUCUAGAUUGUAAUUGCCCUUUAAAUUGAUUCAGCUUCAGACUGUGUUCUUUUGUGUUGGAGCAUCCAAGUUAUUUCUGUGUUAAUUUUCAUUUUAAGCGCCUAAAACUUUUUUUUUGUGAUUCCACAGACAAAAAAAGUGUUUUGGGAGAAAGCAAUGGGCAAAAGAAACAGAAGUAAAAUUGCAUCCUGGAAAUCUAAAUUAAAACAAAAAAUGGUUGAUAAAAGCAGCAGAUCAGUUCUGAUGUUGGCUCAUUAAUGAGAAAUGUUAACAUUCUUUUUCUUCCUGGAGACACUGCCUAUAAGAUGAAUAUUUUCAGUGUUUCCUGUAAAGAAAAUGUUAGCCUUUUGUAUUAGCAUUAUUUUUUAAAAAGAGAAAUAGCACCAGAACGUAUGUCAUCCAAAAAUAGCAAUUCUGGAGGAAAUUACCAAAGCUUUUUUGUGUCAUUUUUAAUAGACCGCAUAUAGAUCUGAGAUAGAAUUUAAGAAUUUACAUUUCACAUUUAAUUUUCUGUCUAGAACAGUCUGCCUUCUUUUAAAUAUCAACAGAAGAACAGCCAAAGGUAUAUGAACAAUAGAACAGCACAGGAACAGGCCCUUUGGCCCAACAUGUCUGCACCGACCGUGAUGCCAAUCUAAACUAAUCCCAUUAGUUUGCUCAUGGUCCAUAUCUCUCUAUUCCCUGCCUGUUCAUGUAUCUGUCUAAAUGUCUCUUAAGAGUUGAUAUUAUAUCUGUUUCUACAACCUCCCCUGGCAGUACAUUCCAGGCACCUAUCACUGUCUGUGUUUUUAAAAAAGUCUUUUAAACUCCCCCGCCGCCCCACCUUAAACCUAUGUACCCUAGUAUUUUACAUUUCCACACUAAGAAAAAGACUCUGAAUAUCUACCCUUGCUAUGCCUCUCAUAAUUUGAUAUACUUCUAUCAGGUCGCCCCUCAGCCUCUGACGCUCCAGAGAAUACAAUCCAAGUUUGUCCUAUGUGUUCUUGUAUUUAAUACAUGCCAAAUCCAGGCAAUGAACCUCUUUUCACCCUUUCCAAAGUCUCCACAUCUUAGUGUGGCAGCCAGAACUGCACACAAUGCUCCAAAUAUGGCGUAACUAAAGUUUUAUACAGCUGCAAAAUGACUGGCCGUAUUUUAUACUCAGUGCCCUGACCGAUGAAGGAAAGCAGGCCGUACACCUUCUUCACCUCUUAUAUUGCUCCUAAGGGCCCUGCCAUUUACUCUGUACGUUCCUCUUGCAUUUGGCCUCCCAAAGUGCAACAUCUCACACUUGUCUGGAUAAAACACCAUCUGCCAUUUUUCUGCCCAAAUUUCCAGCUGAUCUAUAAUCUGCAAUAUCCUUUGAUGACCCUCCUCGCUAUUCACAACUCCACCAAUUUUGUGUCAGCUGCAAACUUUUAAUUAAACAUCCACAUUUUCAUCCAAAUCAUUUAUAUAUUAUAUAAUAUAUAUUACAAAUAACAUGUCCUGGCAAUGAUCCUCGCAGAACACCACCAGUCAGAGACAUCUAGUCAGAAAAUAAAAUGUCACUAACUGUGUACAUAUAAUUAUUCUUCACAGCAUCUUUUUUCCUCAAAGUAUACAUUUUGGGUGAAUACCAGCAAUAGUAAUGCUCAAAUUAUGUAUAGAGCAAAAGUUACGAACUGUUAUUGAGCUUAUGAACACAUUACAGUCACAGUUUCCAGGUACAAUUCAUUUAAGACCACUGAAUCAGAACUGUCACAAUAUGCUAAAACAUUAAUUUUCCAGUGGGUCAUGGGGUUGGUUAGUUAGCAAACUCAGUAGAGAUUUUUUUUAAAACACAUCAAUGAAAUUUUAUGAUGGGCUGAGUGGAAUUUGCCUACCUGAGAGGCCAUAGAUUUCAUUGUUUAGUCAUAAUGAAUAAAAAGAUUUCAUCACAAGUGAUCAAAAAACAUUAUAUAAUUUCUGAACUUAUCCCUUGGCAAGGAGUGAUAAUUCAUCAAUAAACUUAGAUAUUUACCAGUUUUUAAACAAACAAAUGAAUAUGGAUUUCUGUCAAAAGAGGACAUUAUCAUAACCAUCUGCAUAACUGUCCUAUUUAGGAAAUUAUAAAUGGUCAUAUGCCAAUUUAAUAGCAAUGACAGUUGCAAAUGAGACUUGAUUUUCAAUUUAAUUUUGAUCUUCUUCUUGCAAUGGGUCUUUAUCUCAGAUUAAUUUUUUUUAGCAAGCUGUAAGUAGUUCAGUUUUAAAAUGUUUGUAUUCCAAACUUCCCAAGACAGCAAAACACUAAAUUUGCAGCAAAGCAAAUUUGCCCAGAUUUCUCCAAGUUUAACUAAUGACUUUACACAUACACUGUUCCUUGAAAAUUGUGCCUUGUUGGUUUACAGUUAAAUUUGAACAACGGUGCAUUAUUUCUUUAAUUGGUAUCUUGCCUUAUUUUUAUUUGAAAGAUUUCCACAACUUGUAAAUCAACAUCUUUUCUAGGAAAGACUGAUUUGCGAUUGUUUUGUGUUUGUCCUCAAAUAAUAUGUGGUGGAUCAACAUUGUCACAUUCAUGUUUUUUUCCUAGUCUCCCUCUUAGGAUUCCUACAUGAAGAAUUUUGCAUGAUCCUUUUAGAUAAAUUCUCCAGGUUCCUCAUUGAGCUUACUUUUCACAAUUUCCUUUGUUGUGCAGACUAACUUGACAUUUAAGAAUAUAUAUUAUAAAAUAGGAUAUUCAGUCCAGACAAUGUAAUACAGGUAUUCAAUGGCUUCUGCCAUGACUGGUGAAAAAUUUCUGUUCUUUGUGAACAAGCAUUCGUACUAAUUCCCAUUUUGAAAUAUGCUUAUUUUAAAAUGUUCCAGAAACUAUCAAUUCUUUGAAUUGUGAUGUUGCGCUUUUCUAAAUGUAACUGCAUUCAAGCCUCUACUGGCCAUUUUCAGUAUUAAUGAGAUCAGUUACAAAACUUCAAUAUCUCUUAACAGAUAAAAUGUAAAACUGGCAUUUGCUUUGAAACAGGUUGAUUUUAUAUUCUGCAGAAUUUUAAGUUUUUAAAAAUUUACUGUUAUGGUUGCUGUUACAUCACAUUUUUUUACUUCACUUUUUCAUAUUAAAUGUUAUAUGGAAAGGUCAGUUUUCAGAACUAAAACUUUAAAAAAAAGUUGUUGCACAAAACAACCAGUAUGCAGAAAUUUUUAUGCCACAUUUUUAAAACAGCUUUUAUACAAUAGUAAUUGAUGCAGCAUUAACCCAGGGUCUAAAUAAUUCAGCAGAAUAUAAACCAGCAAGUGUAAUUUGUGUUUAUGUACAUUUUUGUCUGAAAGAAUGUGUUUCAUGCAUGCAGAUCCAAGUACUUCUUAACAGAUUUGUAUGGGUGUACACAAGUGUAUUAUCUCUUAGGUCUUAAUAGUACAGAUGUAUAGGGGUUAGAAAUUGCUACUGGGUUAAUAUUAAUAGGGGAAUCUAAUAAUCGUAAAUUGCUAUUUAAUAUUUUUCUGUUAAGAUAAUAUCCCAGAUGUACAAAGAAUAUGGAAACAAAAGUUGUGUUAAGGUGUAUAUGUAAUUCUCUAAAGUGUUUAAUGCCUAUAGUCACAACUUAAAUUAUAUUUUAGGCAGAUUUUUUUUAAAUCUGUGCACAUGUUUUCAAGAAUUCAAGUCCCAGUAAACUCAAAAGUCCUGUUUUUUUGGAAUUCUGUAAUGGCAGCGUGUAUAUGUUACAUAGUUGCAUUCUUGUUUGUUUACGCUGUUGCAGUUAUUCCCUUUAAAUAAUUAAUGCAAGAUAUAAAGCAUUUGUAAAUUGUUUAUAUAACAUUUAUAUGUUUGUAUAUUGAACCUUUAUCGUGUGUUUCCCAUCUGUAUGUACAACUGUUGUAAAAUUGAAUCAUAAUGUUGUCACUAAAUAUUGGCAUGAAAUUGGUUAAUUUUUACUAAGCACAAUGUAUUUUUGAAUGGAUCUUGUAAAACACACCUUUAUAAAAAUGCAAAUUUUUGCACUAAAAUAUCAAGUAUUCCUGCUUUCAAUACUGUGUGUGUGUAUAUAUAUAUAUAUGUUUAUAGUGGAAGUGAUACAUAAAGGCAUGGUGGUUUACAGGAAAAAUCUGUCUUCUGACAGGGUAUGUGAUUGAAAUAGAGUUAACAUGAAUACUUUAGUUUCCUUUUAUCUUUUAUAUUUAUUUGGUAACCGAAAACUGCAGACAUUCAUUGAUGUUAACUGAAAUUCCUUUGUUUCUUCUAGUUGAAAUUAAGUUUCUAUCUUGACUUGGCGCGAGACUAAUUCAGAUCAAAAGUGUAUUGCUUAUGUUAUUUUACACAUUCUGAAUGUUGCAAAAUGUAUUUAGAGGGUAAAAAUUGCAUUAUAAUAUUGACGGUGGAAAGAGGAGUGGUGCACGAGGCAAAUGCUGUUGUUGAUUUGCAUAUGCCCCAUAUGAUGAAAAUCGCUUUUUCAUGUUAAAGGCAGAAACUAAAUACAGUGGUAAAGUACAGAUACAUCUUUGAGGUCUAUUUUCAACAGGUCCAUCAUACUUUUCAUAUGCAUGUUACACACUUGAUCUACUCCAAUGCAUAAUACACUACUUUGCUUUUCUUGAAUUGUUUAAGUUAUCCAACCUCAGUAAAAUGUAAAACUACAUCAGAAUACACCAAGUAGGUUAUGCAGAGACUGCAGAGAGAACAUUGGUGUAGUUUUCGCAAGUGGUUCACACUUUAAAAGGUUAAUGGAUGGGACCUGAGCUGCUGGGUGUUGUUACUGGGUAGCAAAUGUUUUAAUCUGCACCAUGAAUUCAAAUCUAGCCCAGACUGACAGUAACAUCCACUCUGACUAGAAGUUUAAAUUCAGAGAAAUGCAUAGGAAGAUGUGAAUGAUAAGCACCAAGAUUUGCCAAACAAUGUUAAGUAUAAUUUAAAUAAAAAUGAUUUCUUUGUGACUUAAGCCAAGAAUAGAAAAAAACAAACUUAUUUAGGGAGAGGUGGUGGAGCGAAAGCCUGACCUAAAACCAAGAUACUGUAAUUGAAAUCACUGCCUGGAGAAAGAUGCUGUACAGAUUGGCUAUGUGAAGACUGAAGUAGGGUUGGUAAUAUUGCUGGUUGUCUCAUCACGUGAUCUGCCUUUUUUUCCCCAUUUACAAUAAUUUUGUAACUAAUAAACUAUUCAAAAGAUAUUGUGAAAACAUUUUUGAAAAGCAUGCUUCUUUCCUGGAUUACUUGCAUAAUCUGUCAUAUUAAUCUUUUAGUUCUUGGAAGCUCCAAGGCCAUCCUAAGGGAUAGAAAAAAACAAAGUGCCAGAAGGUGUACGUGCAUGAGAAGUUGAAAGAAUUAAUCAAUAAGGACAAAGUUUUUACAUUGACUGUUUUGGAAGUCAAUAGGGGUCAGCAAGGCCAGAGGUAGCAGGUGAAUGGGUAUUAAUGCAAGAUCUUUGGCCUGUCAUUUCUGGACUGAAUCCAACCUGUUGGACUAGAAUGAGAUUACUCAGUACCUCUAGAAAUUGCUUUUAAUUUGAUUGUUACAAAAGUAUUCCACUAAACAUCAAAUGAACUUAGUAAAUGUAAGCUACACUGGAUUAAAUUU